AUGUCACAACUACAAGAUGGAAAAGCUAUGGUUAACGAAGCCGAAGCAAUUGAAAACGAUAUAGCCGACCUGGAAAGACGUCUGGCUGAAGCGAAACUGAAACAGAGACAGGCUUUGCAACAGCGUAAUAGCACAGAAGAGUCUGAACUAGAAGCGACAUUAGUCCCCUCCCCCUCUCAAACCACCCUCCACUCCCCAGCCAACCACUUCCUCCUCCUGCUCUCCGACUCCGCCCUCCCUCUCGGCUCCUUCGCCUUCAGCAGCGGGCUCGAGUCCUACCUCGCCCACAACAAACCUCCUCCUUUUUCCCCUUCCCCUUCCUAUAAUACCACGUCAUUGCCCAACAACCCAGUACCCAGAACCAAACCCCCACCACCCUCCUUCACCUCCUUCCUCCCGCUCUCCCUCUCUUCCUACGCCUCCACCACCCUUCCCUACGUCCUUGCCGCCCACCGGAACCCGACCCAGCUCGCCCUACUAGACGAUACCCUCGACGCAACUAUCGUCUGCACCGUCGGCCGGCGAGCCUCGGUCGCGCAAGGGCGAGCGCUGCUUUCCAUCUGGGAACGUUCUCUAUCAGCGUCGCUGCCGCCUGGAUCUGCAUCUGCUGAAAAGGCGGCGGGGAUUUUGAAGCCCUUCUCGGUUUUACUUCGAUCAUCAUCAUCUUCUUCCACUUCCUCUGCGACAAACACAUCAAGCAGCAGCAGUGGCUGGAACGACCCGCCACCAGUCUCUGCUCACCUCCCGCCCCUUUUCGGGGCCAUCUGCGCCUUGGUCGGGCUAUCGCUGGAGCAGACGGCUUAUGUUUACUUGCUGAGCCAUGUGAAGGCGCUGGUGAGCGCAGCGGUGAGGGCGGGCAUGUUUGGCCCUUAUCAGGCACAGAAGACGCUGGCGAGUAGGGCGGCGCAGGAGAUGAUUGCGGCGAUGGUGGAGAGGGAAUGGGAAACCGGCGUGGAGAAGGCUGGGCAGAGCGUGCCGGUUAUGGAUUUGUGGGUGGGCAGGCAUGAGGUGCUUUAUUCGAGGAUUUUUAAUAGUUAA